ACUCCCUCCCGGCUCGUCCUAAUUGCCGGUCCAGACGUUUCGUGCAUGGGCUGCGCAAGAGCGUCAAACUCCAUGCUGGAUUAUUUCUGAGUGGACUGAUUUGUUUGAUUCUAUAGCUCAUUGUCAGUGCCCUAUUCUCAGCAGGACCUCUAAAACAAAGUGUGGACUCGUUUUUAGCGGACCGCGUGACGCGGUUUUAUAUUUAUAUAUAUAUAUAUAUAUAUAUAUAUAUAUAUAUAUAUAUUUUUUUUUUUUUCUCGCUCCCUUUUUUUGGCAUCGGACGUCUGCCGUCACUUCAGUGGCAGGGAGUUGAUCGAAGAGACUACUGUCUCCAGUCUGUAUUUUGCUCAAUUGCUUUCCUCCUCAAUUUUCUUUUUGCACUUGACUGUUGACGUUGCGCCGGGAUGGAUUCCUUCGUCGUGGCAGCUCUGGUGCUGUGCUCGCUCACGGCCACAGCCUGCGGGGACAAAGGCGCCAGCAAAGCCAGGAGUUGUUCGGAUAUAAGGCACUUUUAUACCGGCAAAGGAUUCGCAGUGAACGGCAUUCCUCAGUCGGAAAUAUCGGGAGAGCACCUGCGCAUCUGUCCUCAGGGUUACACCUGCUGCACCAGCGACAUGGAGGACAGCCUAGCCGUCCUGAGCCGAGGAGAGAUGGAGGACCUCCUCAAAGACGCCGGACGCUCCUUGCAGGUGUCCCUCGGAGGACAGUGUAAGGCCUUUGAUGGUUAUUUCCUGGAGCUGCUGAACAACUCGGCCCUCGCGCUACAGGAGACCUUCAUGUCCACCUGGAGGUCGUUCUACUCCCAGAAUGCUCUUGUGUUCAGCGACCUCUACACGGAUUUGAGGCACUACUACCGAGGCUCUAACAUUAACCUGGAAGAUGCUCUCAAUGAAUUCUGGGCAAGGCUUCUGGAGAGACUCUUCUUCCAUGCAAACAAGCAGUAUUCCAUCGGGGACGAGUACUUGGAGUGUGUCUCGAAACAGCUGGAGACACUUCACCCUUUCGGAGAGGUGCCCCGUGACCUCAAGAUUAAGGUCACCCGCACGUUUGUGGCCGCCCGGUCCUUUGUUCAAGGUCUGGUCGUCAGUGGAGAGGUGGUCCGUAAAGUGUCCCAGGUGCAACUGAGUCAGGAGUGCAUGCGAGCCAUUAUGAGGAUGACUUACUGUCCCCACUGCCGAGGCAUGCCCACCGCCAGACCUUGCGUCAACUACUGCAGCAACGUCUUGAAGGGUUGCCUGGCCAACCAGGCGGACCUCAACACCGAAUGGCGGCACUUGGCAGAAACUAUGAUGCAGGUGUCCAAUCACUUCGAUGGCCCAUCCGGUUUGGAUGUUGUGGUCCUCUCUCUUCCCUACCGCAUAUCAGAAGCUAUGACGACCAUGGUGGAACAUUUGGAGUCCACCAACAGCAAGUUGAUUCUGGCAUGCGGGCCGCUCCGAGAAAAAUCAGUCGGCGCUGCAGAAGCCGACGUCUUCCCGAAGAAGGAAAAGGUCACAGUUGAGGAGAGGUCGGCGAGCAGCGCCAACAAACUUGGCCGACUGGUGUCUGAAGUAACGAUGAGGCUGAGGGACAUGCAGUCGUAUUGGACUUCUCUCCCGGGAAUGCUGUGCAGCGAUCGAGUGGCCAUGGGCGCGGGUGCUGAAGAUAGGUGCUGGAACGGAAUGACCCGCGCCAGAUACCUCCCCGAAGUCAUCGGCGACGGCCUGGCGAGCCAAAUCAACAACCCCGAAGUGGAAAUCGACAUCACCAAGCCAGACAUGGCAAUAAGGCAGCAGAUCAUGCAGCUGAAGAUCAUGACGCACCGCCUAAAGAAUGCUCUCAAUGGCAACGAUGUGGACUUCCAGGACACCAGCGAUGAUUCCAGCGGUUCCGGAAGCGGCGCCAUUUGCACCGACGAAGCGUGUUCCCGAUCCCAUCGCAUCGUGCUGCCCGUCACCGAGCGACCCGUGUACCCCUACCCUCCCGAAAACAAGAAGGUGGUGAAAGGCUCAGCCGGUCAGAACCUUCCUUCCAUCGCCACUUGUCUCCUUCCCCUGCUUGUUUUGCGGCUGCGAUAAUGGCCAGCGAGGCUGAGACUGAGGUUGGGACCGGCUUUGGGCUUGGUGAUGGUUUGAGAAGGUGGGGCGGGGGGCGGGGGGCGGGGGAGGGAGACCAGAGCUCCGGGUCUUAGUUACUCUGCCAAAACUUCACUUCGUAUAAAGAUUUUGGACGGACUUUGCUUUGAGUUGGGAUGAGAAGAAACAUGGAAUUACAAGUCCUCAAAAAUGCGCUCUUGUCUUUCAUCUCUCGCUAUAAUAUGACACUGUCAGAGGUGCUUUUUUUGUUUUGGAAUCUUUCCCGUGUUUGGGGCAAUUGUAACGAAAAGUCGUGUUUAACGCUAACACCGUAGGCGGAGGAAGGCAUUUCUUAGUUCUCUUUUAAUGGCACUUAGUGAUUCGAUGGUAUUAAUUUGUUGACAACUGACCCAGAGUGAUUUAAUCACUCCCUAAUUUGACUGUGGAAGUCACACUUUUCAGCAAACGAACAUUUGCAUACAAAUGUCAACUCUGUGCAAUUUUCUUCCUCUGACUCACCUGCUCUGAAAAUUCUCCCUCCCUCAUUCCUCCCGUCACGGGACCUGAGGUCAGUCCAUCAAGAUAAAGUGUGUCAAACCUCAAUGGGAACACACUGUCAGGAUUUUCCAAGAAAAACAGCCCAUCGCGUUCCAUCAAUGUAGGAUGACGGAGAGAAGUUUCGAAAUAAUCUUUAGUGACAAAAAGACCCCAAUACAGGAUUCCCUGGCGAGUAAGUGACACGACCCCCCCCCCCGCCAAGGAACUUGCGACAUGGUGACAAAGCGCUACUUUGGUCUCAAAGCGGAAGUCGUGUCCUUUUUUCUUUUUUGUUGUUGUUUUUUUUUUACUUGACUCCCACUUUAAUGACGCUCCGCAUCCCACUUCUACAUGAUUUCUUGGCACCGAGAUGGUGCCAAAGCACAACUUUUGUCCAAACAGAUCUCCCCCCCCCCCCCCACUUACAUCAGUAGAACUACCCUUGAACGGAGAUAGCCCCAAAGCACUCCUUUUGUCUAAAUGAAGCUCCUCAACUCACUCCAAUGCAGUUUCUCAGCAUCAAAAUGCUUUUUUUUGCUUUGCUUUUAUUUUUCAAGAGAACCAUUGCUUCUGCAGUAGACGGGGACUAUCCACUCUGAUUGAACGCACAUCAAAAUGAUCAUUUUUCGAUGGAUUAUUUCUUUGUCGUAACGAUGCUUCUUGCCAGUUUGUCAUGUAUAUUUAUUUCCGUGGCAAAGGAUGGCCCGUGCGUGAGGAACAGCACAAUCCCGUCGAGAAUUUGCCAAAAAUUUGUAUCGUCACAACCACCCCCCAAAAAAUAAUCAACAAACCACAAUCUUUUAGUUUUCUGCUUCUAUAAAAAGAAAAAAAAAUGCACCUGUGUCUGAUACUGCAGCUCCAUGUUAAGACGUCGAGACUUUUGUCUAAGUUUAACAAGCACAUUUUAGAAUUAUAGUUCUGAAAUGGGAUCUUUUCAUGGGUGUUUGUGUAGCACGGAUGUGUGUGCGUGUGCGCGUGCGUGCGUGCGUGCCUGCGUGCGUGCGCUUUGACGCUGCUCUCCAGUCAGUCACGACGCCUCAUCAUUCACGUUGCAAAUAUGGUUUGAAAUAACCUCAACGCUCCACUCAGUUCAAUUUGGAGCGAUGAGGAAAUAUCAACGACAUGUUGGGCUUUCUUGUUUCUAUUGACUUUAUGGUUGUGUUGUUAUCGGAAAUCCGUGGCGAAAAGAAAUGCCAGAAAGUGGUUGGAAAAGAACAAUGCAGAUGUCUUGUUUGCUGUUGUAUCUAAAAUGGUCAAUUAUAAACAUUAUACGAUUUUCAA